CGUCCUCGUCGUCCCGGGCUGAGGCGAGGAGGCAUGGCGGCCGCCGCCGGGCCCCCGCUGCCCGACCGCCGCCACCAUGAGGAGGAGGAGGAGGAAGAAGAAGAGGAAGAGGAAGCGUUGGGCGAACAAGAGGCCGAGCUGGGAGAAGCGGAGGGCUUCCCCAUGGACUACGGAAUGAUGCGCCUCCAUUCGCCCACCUACGUGCCGUACAGGAGCAGAGCAGAAUGGGCUGAUAUAGAGCCGGUACCCCAGAAUGAUGGGCCAAAUCCCGUGGUCCAGAUCAUCUAUAGUGCCAAAUUUAAGGAUGUUUAUGAUUAUUUUCGAGCAGUUCUGAAAUUGGAUGAAAGAAGUGAACGGGCUUUUAAAUUAACUGGUGAUGCCAUUGAGUUGAAUGCCGCGAAUUAUACUGUGUGGCAUUUCCGGAGAGUCCUCUUAGAGUCACUGCAAAAGGAUCUAAAUGAGGAAAUGAACUAUAUUACCGCCAUCAUUGAAGAGCAGCCCAAGAAUUAUCAAGUUUGGCAUCACAGGCGGGUGCUGGUGGAAUGGCUGAAUGAUCCUUCUCAGGAACUUGAGUUUGUUGCUGACAUUCUCAGUCAGGAUGCAAAGAAUUACCAUGCCUGGCAGCACCGACAGUGGGUCAUUCAGAAGUUCAAGCUUUGGGAUAAUGAGUUGGAGUAUGUAGACCACCUUCUGAAAGAGGAUGUGAGAAAUAAUUCUGUUUGGAACCAAAGACACUUUGUAAUUUCUAAUACAUCAGGUUACAACGAUCCUGCUGUCCUGGAGAAAGAAGUCCAAUAUACUCUAGAAAUGAUAAAGACAGCACCACAUAAUGAAAGUGCUUGGAAUUAUUUAAAAGGGAUUUUGCAGGACCGUGGCCUUUCCAAGUAUCCCAAUCUGUUGGAGCAGUUGCUAGGGUUACAGCCAAGCCACAGCUCUCCCUACCUGAUUGCCUUCCUUGUGGAUCUGUAUGAAGACAUGCUAGAAAACCAGUGUGGGGACAAGGAAGAUACACUAAGUAAAGCAUUAGAGUUAUGUGAAAUUCUAGCUAAAGAAAAGGACAUUAUAAGAAAGGAAUACUGGAGAUAUAUUGGAAGAUCCCUUCAGAGCAAACACAGCACAGAGAGGAACCCGCCAACAAAUCAACAGCAAUAACAGGAUCAAGAAGAUUGCAUUGUGAUGUUUUUACUUUGAAAAGUGACUCAGAGAAGGGAAGUAUGUGGUUUAAAACUAGAGUUGUCAUUCCCUUCUGCCUUCGUGGUGUGACAGAGACACGCAUUGCACCAGUAUUGCUUCUAACAGGAACUAAUAGCAAAAUUUGCAUUGUGAUAAAAUAUUGGCACUGCUGCUUCUCAAGCUGCAGGCAAUUAAUUUGGCUGUCUUUGAGAUAUAAUAGUCCCUUUAAAAAGUACUGGAUGAAGGAGUUGUUUCUUAACAAGUAAAUCUACAUUUACAAUCUCAAUUCUAAAGCCCUAAGCCCAUCCCAUACUACCCAACUCCUUUCUAAAACAAUAUGUUUAAGAUUCCAAAAUAACCCCCUAAUGACCGAAGGUAACUUAUAUUUAAAGCAACUGAAAUUUAGAUUCUGUAAGCAAGGAAUACAAUUUUUGCCUUACCUUAGAGCCACCAUGCCUCACUGACAAUAUCUUGCUAUUACUGUAGCCAACUAAUGCCAACAGAAUGGUUUUGUAAUAAAACCGUAGGUGUGUCUAAAA